AUGCCCAAGAACAAGGGAAAGGGUGGUAAGAAUCGACGUCGUGGAAAGAACGAGAACGACCGAGAGAAGCGCGAGCUCAUCUUCAAGGAGGAGGGACAGGAGUACGCCCAGGUCAUCAAGAUGCUAGGAAACGGACGGCUCGAAGCCCAGUGUUUCGACGGCGAGAAGCGACUCGCCCACAUCAGAGGCAAGCUGCGAAAGAAGGUCUGGAUCAACCAGGGAGACAUUAUACUGUUGUCGCUGCGAGACUACCAGGAUGAAAAGGGCGAUGUCAUCAUGAAGUACUCGGCCGACGAAGCGCGAUCCCUCAAGGCCUACGGAGAACUCCCCGAGUCCGCCAAGAUCAACGAGACCGACACGUUCGGUCCCAACGACGACGGCGAGUGCAACUUCGACUUCGCCGACGACCAAGAAUCCGACGAUGAGGACGGCAAGGACAUCGAGAUCGAUGACAUCUAA